AUGGAUGAAAGUAAUCCAUACAAUAGAAUCACUGAAUUCACACCACAUGGAUAUGCUGCUGAUACACAAACUGAGUACUCAUACACUCCGAACUGGAGCCGUGAGGAUUAUGAUGAUUACAGUCCAUAUGGAGUCAAAAGUAAUUAUAGUAACAAUUUACCUUAUGAAGGAAAAUUUACCCCAAAAUACAACCCUGCAUCUAAUGAAAACUUGAAAAACCCUCCCCAAACUCCAAAAAAAGUAUCAUUUAGCAAUGAGUUUCUGUACAAUGAUAAAUCGGACACAGACGUUAGCUCAAACUUAGAUGAAGUUACAACUCCUUUUGAAUGUUUUACAAAUUCUGAAAAAGAAAGUUUGCUUAGUGAACACUUUCCUAAGAAAGUGCAUGGCUAUCAAAGUCAUGAUGAAGACAUAAGCUUUCUUAAAGAAAGUAUUCCAUAUCAUUCAAGCAAUGGUGGUAAGGAAUCAGAAGAUAGUGAAAACAAAAAACAAUCAUCCUUGGAAGAGAAAGCAUCUCUUAAGAACCCAAUGUUUGGUUCUAACACAGAACAUUUAAAAUAUUCAGAAGAAAAUGAAAAUGACAAAAGUAUUAGCAUCCUAGAAAACAAAACCACAACUAGUAAGAAUAACAUCCUUAAGCCCACAUUUGAAAAUGUAGAAGAAAAUAGUAUUGAAGCACUGGAUAAAACCUCGAUUGAGGAUUUAGCCAGUACAAAAGGUAGCAUGCACAAUCACAACACAGAUACACCACUUGGCCUGGUAUCUAGAAAUGACAGUGUGCCAGACACUACAAUAGCAAAUGAAAUACACAGAGAUGAUGGAAAUGAGAGGAUGCCAUCUAUUGAAAAAUUAGGUGAUAGUAAAAAAUCUUCUUCUGAGCUUGAAAAUGAACAUUCUAAAACAACUAGUUUAAAACCCUCAUCAUUAGACGUAGAUUUUGAUCAUUGUAAAAAUGUUUCACCUAAUAAUACAGGUGGCGUAGAAUCUGACAUGGAAAAUACACAAACAAACAUAGGACAAGACUCUAUCCAAUCAUUGUCAAGCCAAGAUCAACAGCAGAAAGAUGGUAGUUUGGUAAAUAUGCAAGGUAGAAAGGUUGAAGAACUUGAUGAGUUACAAGCUAAAAGCGAUGUUAGUUAUGAUGGAGAUAAUCAGGUAGUUCAAGUUCAAGAACAAAAAAGCGCUAAUGAUUCUCAUUCUCCUGAACAGUUUCAAGAUCCAAACACAUUCAUACAUCAAGACAUGACAGAGUAUCCACCUAAUUAUGAUACUAAACCAAAUACUAAACCCGAAAAUCUGUAUGAGAAGGAACAAGAGGGUUACGUAAAUAAAGAGUACGUUGAACAUGAACAUGGAAAAGAAAAGUAUGAAUCGGAGAAAAAAUCAACGAAAUCAUCAAAUGAAAAUCAACCUUUAGAAUAUGAAGAGAAAAACUUCAGAGGUAGUCAACAGGACAUUCAAAGUUAUUCUCAAAAGCAAUAUGAAGAUGAAAUGUAUACAAAUCCUGCCAAGAACGCUGAACAUUACCUGCCUGUAGGUUCAUCUGAGAAUUAUGUGGCAGAACAUGAAGGUGAAUAUCCAUCAGAGUACACUGAACAACAUCAUGCUCCUGAAUUACAAGAUUCAUCAAGAGUCCCUCCAAAUGCACCAGAACAGUAUAAAACAGAUUAUAAUACAGAAUAUCAAGACGAACCCCAGUAUGGUUACAACAAAGUUGAUGCUACAUAUGAUGAUCAAUAUGAGAAAGGUGACCCUCAGUAUAGUCAGCAACAGCAACCUCCCUAUGAUCAGUAUCAACAAGAGCCUGGUGGACUUCCAUAUGAUCAGUAUGACCAACAAACGGCUGAAGUUCCUUAUGGUCAAUAUCAACAACCGACGGCUGAAGGUGUAUAUGAUCAAUAUGAACAGCAAACUGCAGAAGUUCCAUAUGACCAAUAUGAGCAACAACCCGCUGAAAUUCCAUAUGAUCAGUAUGAACAACAACCACCAGAACCUCCAUACGAUCAGUACGAGCAACAACCGGCAGAAGUUCCAUAUGAUCAAUACGAGCAACAACCAGCAGAAGUUCCCUAUGAUCAAUACGAGCAACAACCAUCAGAAGUUCCAUAUGAUCAAUACGAGCAACAACCUUCAGAAGUUCCGUAUGAUCAGUAUGAGCAACCACCAGCAGAUGUUCCGUAUGAGCAGUAUGAGCAACAGCCAGCAAAUGUUCCCUAUGAUCAGUAUGAGAAACGACCGGCACAAAUUCCAUAUGAACAGUACGACCAACAACCAGCUGAAGUUCCAUAUGAUCAAUAUGAGCAACAGCCAUCAGAAGUUCCCUAUGAUCAGUAUGAGCAACAACCAUCAGAAGCUCCGUAUGAUCAGUAUGAGCAACAACCAGCAGAAGUUUCGUAUGAUCAGUAUGAGCAACAACCAACAGAAGUUCCUUAUGAUCAGUAUGAGCAACAACCAGCAGAACAAUAUGACAAUCAGUACCAAGGAGCUGGUGACCAGUAUGAUAACUAUAACUAUCCCUAUGAUCAAACGCCAACAGUAGAACAGACUUACACGGGAGAUCAAAGCCAAAAUUAUGUAGAAGAAACUCAACCUUAUGAUUACAAAGAGCCUCAACAGCAGCCUUAUGAUGAACAGGAACCUUAUGGAGCAAAUUUACCAUAUGAAGAAACCAAACAAAUCCAUCCAGAACAAGUAUACAAUACCGGUACUCCAGACUAUGUGCCUAAACCAGAUGAUAGUCAAUAUCCAACACAACAAGAGGAAUUAGCUACCCCUUAUACACAAGAAGAGCUCAGCUCCAGAGAGGCAAGAGAACCUACUCUUACAAUGAAGCAGAUAUUGGAGUCCGAUUCAGAGUCUUCAGCUGUUCAGAAAUCUGCAACUCAGGAAGACAGCAGCGACUUUGAUUUUAGUAACAGCCAGAAGUGAGCCACUACUGAGCCAGA